AUGGUGAUACUACCUCUAUUAGACAUCAACACCGCCAAAUUUACCACCCUGCUCUCCCGACUCCCCAUCCUCCUCCAGCAAGACGAAGACCAGCUUCUCAACGGCAUCUGGAUUGGCCUGCUCAGCGUCGAGGCGCUCAUGGUGCUGGGCGUCAUGGUGCGCGGGCUGUUCCGGGGGCUGGCGUCGUCGAAAUGGUUCAGAUCUGGGCUGGGCCAGCGGACGAGGCAUAGCAUGACGCAUUCGGUGGAUAUGGGUGUGACUCGGAGGAUGAAUGAGGAGCGGCAUCAGUGGGCCUGGGUGUCUUGA